AUGCAAUUCAACCAGCAACCAAUUGAUCCUAGGCAGGUUAUUUUGGCCAUAUCUAUAUCGGUCUCUACAUUCAAAGAAUCCAGGGGUGAUCCUCGGACUACGCCUCAACCUUGUGUCCUGGAUCAAUUGGUUGAUGUUCGUUGGUCUCCUCCGUGUCCGGGUUUUGUUAAGAUAAAUGUGGAUGCUAGCUGGGGAUCUUGUGAUGGACGGGGAUUCACAGGAAUUGUUGCACGAGAUGAGGAAGGGAGGUUUCUUGCUGCUAGUAGAUCAGGUGUGAAGGCUACUAGUGUGGCUAUGGGAGAGGCCUUGACAAUCUUGCACGGGUGUAUGCUUGGCAAGAGGAUGGGAUGGAAUAGGAUUAUUUUAGGGUUCGACUCGUUGGAGUCGAUUUCUUGCCUUAGGGACAUGGCUAAGAAAGGCAGUUGGGAUGCCUUCCCCUAUCUUCUGAAUUGUAUUAGAUUGGGAAAGGAGUUUCUUGAUUGUUGCUGGUCUUGGGUUCCAAGACCGGCCAAUUCGGCAGCGGACCAUUUGGCAUCGCGAAGUAGUAGGGAAGUAUGUGAUCAAGUGUGGGUAGUUAGACCCCCAUCUUCCCUGGUUCAUGUUUUGUGUAACGAUGGUUUACCUUGUCCACCCUAA